AUGAUGAUGCUGCUUUUUGGCUCGCCCCACUUACAUCUCAGCACUCCGCAGCUGUACCGACAGCUCGCCGUAACAACAAUAAUCCAACCCAAGAAACUCCAGUGGUGCACAGAUGCCUCAUUGUGCUUCCAUCAUUCGAUACUUCGAGUUUCGCAUAACCGCUUGGAUCUGCGAGGCAAGGCCCGAGCUGCAGGAAACCAAGAUCAUCCUUGUGAUCCCCAUCGUUUGUCGUCAGCCGCAGUGGAUCCUUGUCCUCCUACAGGAUAUGAAUUACAACUGGAUCUAGUGAGGAUGAUAGUAGGGAGAGGGAUGAGAAGGAAUGUGAGGAACACCAAGGAUGGAUGA